GUGAGACGCGCGGCGCGCGGGGCGGUAAAGAAAAGUCGAAAUGGCGCUGCGUCUACGCAAGGACAUAAAGAAGUCCUCCUACUACGUCUGGUUCUUGGGGGCGAAGGAAUCAAAGGGCCUGCGCGGUUCCGAGUACGUCCUUCCGGUCAUCCAGCACCUGGUCGAUCGCGAGAAGGACGUCGAGCCGUUCAAGGUCACGCUGCAGAUCUCGCACAAGGGUCUCAAGAUCAUCCAGAACGUCGUGACGCAGGGCUCGAAGAGCUCGAAGCCGAAGAACGAGACGAUCAAGCACUUUAUACCCCACAAUACGAUAACGUGCGUGUACCAGCAGGACGAUAUCAUAUCGUGUAUUUUGUUGUUGUUCAAUCCCGUUACGAAAUGUCCUCUGCAUGUGCACGCAUACAGAUGCGACAGUUUGGAGACGGCGACGCUGCUCAAGCAGCAGCUGCAGAUCCUGAUCGAAAGGCCAGAGAACCAAAAGAAGUUUGGCGAGAUCGAAAAUCGACUGAAAAUGCCGAAGGAGAGUAAGAAGAUCGAAUCUUCUAUUGGAAGUGAUACGGGAACCUCGACGAGGGAGAGUGAGUCUAGUGAAGAAAGAUUUGGCAGCGAUCGAGUGGCAACACUGUACGAUUCGGUGGCGGCCGAGCUAAGGGCGAAGCUGAACAAGAACGACGUGCCAAUUCUGCUCCCGCCGAGGGACUACGACACGGUCCACCGGCAGAAGGGCAAUCUCACCGGGAUCGAGCUGCGGAGGUGCCUCAACGCGAGCAUCGUCGGCCAGAACGCGAAGAGCGGGCGGAAGAUCGACAGCAGCGGAGGAAGUUCGGGUAUCGGUUCCGAUCUGCCGCCCUCGCCCGAGUCGCCCGACGCCCCCGACACGCGCUUCACCACCAUCGACAAUCAAAGUACAAGCGAUGAAGAAUGGAACAACGAUGUGGCCGAUUCCACCUUAUACCUAAUGCACGGAUCAACCGAAACGAAUUUCCCGAGAGCAUCCGAAAGAUUCAUCAAAAGCGAGUCGAAAAUAUCCGAACGGUACUCGCGACAACCCGAGACGAGAUAUGACGAAAAACACAAAUUUCUAUUUAACGAAAGACAGUCACAAAACCACCCUAAGUCGCUGGAACGUAAACGUUACACUGAGGAGAGGCACGAGACCGCCAAGCAGAGGAACUUUGACGAUUGGGAGCAGGAGAACGUACGGUACUCCCGUGAAAAAUUCAUCGAAAACUACGCGUACUCCAACCCGAAGUACGCCGACGAAGAGGAAUCGCGACCGCACUACUACGAGGAACAGCGCGACUAUCGGGAGGCUCCGGUGCCGAAGGCGCGACAGAAACAGGGCUACUUCGAAAAUUCAAGACGGUAUUACGGCGACGAGAAACGGGGGGAGUGGUUUUCCAACGGGCGAAAUUCGGGAAUGGACAGAUACUCAGAUCGGGACUCAAAGUCGAGAUCGACCGAGUACUUGGUCGAGGAGGUGCGCAAACGGCCCGGACUUAGGCAGCGAAGCCCUUCGCCCAUCGAAAACGACACGCCACGUGACCGUUUCAAGGACGCGAAAGAAAAGUUUUUGCUUCUCGAGAAGGAGCGCUUGGAGCAAGAGCGGUUGAGGAAGGAGCCGCCGAUUUCGCCCACGCACAAAGAAAUGCCGUUCGUGAAUCGGCGGUACGACGACAAGGUACGAUAUUACGACGAGAAGCCGGAACCGGCGCCGAGGGCUACGCUUCAAGAGAACGUCCGGUACCAGAAGGAGGCGUCCGAUCGGUACCGGCACGUCGACAAGUACGACCCGAAACGUCGCUCGAUGUUCUGCUUAAUCGAGGAGGAGCACAAGAAGAACUCGAACGAAAUCGCGCGCGAGCUCAAGCGGCGAACGUACGUCGAGAACAACAACUACGAGGACGACUACUACCGAAACAACGACGAACGCGACCACCACUACUCUCGUUCGAAAUCGCCGGUCGACACGAACCAGAUCGAAGACCUCAAGUACGUCCGCAACCCGAAGGGCAGACACGCGGCCGGCUACAGGCACAGCUACGCCGAGCCCAAGCUCAAGAUGGACAAGUCGAAGAAGCUCUUCCCCGACAUGCUGCAGCGCACCAAUAGCACCGUCUCGAAUUCGGGACGCGUCGGACUCGCUAGCAUCCAUCCCUACUGAACCGACGACGACGCUGCAAUAAAAUCCCCAGUUGAGAUUUCCCCCUCCCAAGUUCGACGACUUGUGUAAAUUAAUCUCUCUAUUUAUUGUUUUUUUGAUUGUGUGCCUUAUACUUCUAACGUUAGAAUUUAAGCAAGUAACAUGACUACCUUUUGUUAACUAUUACAAUUGACUCUUUAAACAAAUUUUAUUCAUCGUGUAACGAAGAAGGAUUUAUUAUUGUUUCGAAUUUAUCAUAAUGUUUAUAUGAAUGUAUUUUUCAAAUAUAUCGAUUUAUGGAAUGUGUAA